ACAAUUAAACACCCUCGCGAAAGAGUCAUAAUGAGCAACGACGACGAUGUUCCCUCUGAAUACCCGUAUGCCUGGUCUUCGAGCUCCCAGCUACCGCUGGACGAGUUUCUCACCAAAUACAAGCCAUCGAUGGUCCAGGAUGACGGGACGAAACCUUGGUUGUGGGUACGGAAAUGCGCAGCAGACGCGGAAGACUCCGAUAUGGUCGCCGCUGUAGAGGAAGCGACAGAACUCUUAGAGGACGUGACGACGCGUGUUGAAGAGAUCAAGAACGACGAUUCCAUACCCCUUCGAGCCAAUAAGAAGAAGGGUACAAAGAGCAAGAAGGAAUUGCGUGAAUCGGUUCAAAGCGAAGCCACUGAAAAGCUGAAGGAGAUCUCCAUUCGAAAUGGGUUCGUUUCUGGAAAAUGGCUCAUCUUCGCUCCAACUGAUAAGGUCGACCUUGUGUGGUCGACAAUUGCUAACUCUCUCAUUUCGGGCCCGCUUGCUUCCACGAGUGCCCAUCUCACGAAGGUUGCGACAUGCCCCAAGCACGAAGUCCCCAACUACUCGCACGUUCUGUGCCUCUACAUUCCCAACGUCUAUGACAAGGAGGACGUCACAGAGAUCAUGAAAGUUCUGCUUCGGAAACAUGGAAUGAACCUGAUGGGCGUCAAGUCGAAUCUCUAUACUGCGAUAGGACUUGAUAGCAAGCACCCCAGUGGGAUUCCUUCGACUGUCUGGAAAAACUCGGCGCUCAUGCCAGAGCCGGAAAUUAAGAAAUUGCGGGAGGAAUACUUCGCAGAGCUCAGUGCCGCUAAGACCAAUGAUGCUGACAAGACGGCGGUCACUGCCAAAGCCACGACGGGGAUCGUGACCAAGUCAAAACCCAAGCUGAAGAGAAAGGCUGAGGAUGACGAUCCGUUUGCCUCUGAUGAUGAAUCCAAGGAUGCAAAGCCAACACCCAAGGAGAAGACCAAGUCGAGCGGCGCCACUACGUCGAAGAAAGCAGCACCCAAAGCGAAGAAGAGUGCAGCGAAGGACGACUUCGGCUCUGAUGACGAGUCCGCGGAAGAUAACGACGAACAGGCCCGCAAAGCCGAGGUGGCAGCAAAGAAAGCCACUUCGAAGGGCAAGCCCGCAAAGCGGCUUAAGGAAGAUGACGAGGAGGACGAGGACGUCGAAGAACGGCCCAAGAGGAAACACGCACGGAAGUGAAUGGCUCGACGUCCGUGCACACUCCCAUUUCUACUGCAUUUGCCAUUACACCUUGCUUAAUGCUUCGAUACGUUAUGUUAGCGAUCAUGUCUACUAUGUACGGAACUACUUAGUGGGAUGGGGUAUGCCAUAGGUGUUAGGAUGCGUCUUAUGACGCACUUCUGCACAAUCCAGUUCUGAAUCCACACAAACGGUGAAUGUUUGAACCAGAGGGCGUCUCGCAAGUGUACUGAUCCAAACUACGCGCAUCACGGUGCGUGA